GCAUCUCUCCCCUCUCGCCUCAGCACCGCUCAUACUGUGCAUUCCCUGUCUCAGUCACUUCACAUCUCUCCUUUUUAGGCCAAACACCACCACCCCCACCAGCUCCUGCACUCCCCCUAAAAAUAGAAGCUGCAGCAUGCAAUUCCCCACACCUUCAAACUACAGAUCAUGAAGCUGCUGCUCCCCAAUCACCAGAUGGGCCUAUGAACGAGCCAGGAGCAUCAACAGUCACUACGACCACUGAGAAAGAACUCAAGCCAACCUCCACUUCUGACACCAGUGAACCAAUAUCACCUCCAACUCCACCAAAGCUAGCUGAUCCAUGGACAUGUCGCCGAACCCCGACAGCCCCUCAUCGGGAGGGGGCAACGGCGGUAUCGGAUCGAGCAGCGGGAGCUCCGUUGGCUCGAUGACGCCGCAGUCGCCGAGCCGGUACGAGGCGCAGAAACGGCGCGACUGGAACACGUUCGGCCAGUACCUGCGGAACCACCGGCCGCCGCUGAGCCUAGCUCAGUGCAGCGGUGCGCACGUCCUCGAGUUCCUGCGCUACCUGGACCAGUUCGGUAAGACCAAGGUGCACGCCGCGGCGUGCCCCUUCUUCGGCCACCCGAACCCGCCGGCACCCUGCCCCUGCCCGCUCCGCCAGGCCUGGGGCAGCCUCGACGCUCUCGUCGGCCGCCUCCGCGCCGCCUUCGAGGAGAACGGCGGCCGCCCGGAGUCCAACCCCUUCGCCGCGCGCGCCGUCCGGCUGUACCUCCGCGAGGUCCGCGAGCACCAGGCGCGCGCCCGCGGCGUUAGCUACGAGAAGAAGAAGCGCAAGAAACCGCAGCAGCUGCCGGGCGACAGCAGCGGUCUUCACGGCCACCCCCACCACCCCCCGCCCCCACCGCCCGCCGCCGCCUGCUGAGCCAAUCGAUGGACGUACGGCUGACCCUACGCUCUCCUAUUUGGCUAGUAUGCCAGAUUGAGCUUGAGCAUAUAUAUAUAUACUAUGUAUCAUUUGUGUAUGCUUGCAUGCAUGUGCAUGGCAGUGGCUUCAUUCUGCUGAUCCGUGCGUGUAUUCUAUCGUGAGAAGUACUAGCUAGUAGUGGGUGUGCUGCGUUCGUACAGCAAUGCUUGUGUGUUCCGAUUGACGUUAGCUUUGGUGUUGUCGAAUCGAUUUGCUUGUUGAGGAGCGAGCUAGUAAAUGUUUGCUGUACUUCGAACUGAGGAGGGUCUGUCCUUUGAGGUCUAGGUAGGGACAAGGAGAUACAUAUAUGGAGAUCUCUCUUGCUGUUUGUGGAA